GCCUGACAGUGUGAGCUGCCCGCGGCCUGCGGAGAGGACCUAAGACAGGUGUACGGUGACAUCUGAGGACAGCCCGGCCUCCUGAGGGAUUAUACCGGGGAUCUACCGGACCGUCCUGAGCGCCUGACACCGGGGGGUCCUCUAUGGGAGCAUAGGAGGGAUCUACCCCGGGAGGAGACAUCCUGAUAGCAGAGGGAUCCAGGGAGAGGACCAGAUCACCCAUCAAUACAGGGAGAGGACCUGAUCACCCAUCAAUACAGGGAGAGGACCUGAUCACCCAUCAAUACAGGGAGAGGACCUGAUCACCCAUCAAUACAGGGAGAGGACCUGAUCACCCAUCAAUACAGGGAGAGGACCAGAUCACCCAUCAAUACAGGGAGAGGACCUGAUCACCCAUCAAUACAGGGAGAGGACCUGAUCACCCAUCAAUACAGGGAGAGGACCUGAUCACCCAUCAAUACAGGGAGAGGACCUGAUCACCCAAUACAGGGAGAGGGAGGACCUGAUCACCCAUCAAUACAGGGAGAGGACCUGAUCACCCAUCAAUACAGGGAGAGGACCUGAUCACCCAUCAAUACAGGGAGAGGACCUGAUCACCCAUCAAUACAGGGAGAGGACCUGAUCACCCAUCAAUACAGGGAGAGGACCUGAUCACCCAUCAAUACAGGAUCUAUCAGUGGAUCACACAGGAUCUAUCAGCAGAGGAUCCAGCUGGGACUUAUACAGAAGGGAUCUGCUCAUCAGAAGGGAUCACCGGUGGGAUCUCCUUAGUGGAGGGGGCAUGAAGCCAGGCGCCCCCCGCUGACCAUCUACAACACACAGAGGUCUAAUUUCUGGGCGUCAUCGCCCACCCCCGCCGGGGACAUGUCUUUCUUCAACUUUAGGAAGAUCUUUAAGCUGGGAGGAGAGAAGAAGAAGAAACAAUAUGAACAUGUCAAGAGGGACCAGAACCCCGAGGAGGUGUGGGAGAUCAUAGGGGAGCUGGGGGACGGAGCCUUCGGGAAAGUCUAUAAGGCCCAGAAUAAAGAGACUGGCAUUUUGGCAGCAGCAAAGGUCAUCGAUACAAAAUCUGAAGAUGAACUUGAAGAUUACAUGGUGGAAAUCGAGAUUUUGGCAUCAUGUGAUCAUCCACACAUUGUUAAAUUACUGGAUGCUUUUUAUUAUGAAAAUAACCUUUGGAUCCUUAUUGAAUUUUGUGCGGGCGGAGCAGUAGAUGCGGUCAUGCUAGAGCUGGAACGUGCAUUGACAGAACCUCAGAUCCGGGUAGUGUGCAAGCAGACACUAGAGGCGCUGGUUUAUUUACAUGAAGCUAAAAUUAUUCACCGGGAUCUAAAGGCCGGAAACAUCCUGCUCACUCUGGAUGGUGAUGUGAAGCUGGCUGAUUUUGGAGUGUCUGCUAAGAAUACUAGAACUUUACAGAGGAGAGACUCAUUCAUUGGUACUCCUUACUGGAUGGCACCGGAGGUGGUGAUGUGUGAAACUUCCAAGGAUAGACCUUAUGAUUUUAAAGCCGAUGUUUGGUCUCUUGGUGUCACUUUAAUAGAGAUGGCUCAGAUUGAGCCACCUCACCACGAAUUAAAUCCAAUGAGAGUAUUGCUAAAGAUUGCAAAAUCCGAGCCGCCUACAUUAGCUCAACCUUCUAGAUGGUCAAGAGAUUUUAAUGACUUUUUGCGGAAAAGCUUAGAGAAAAAUGUUGAUAAUCGCUGGACUCCUGCUCAAUUGCUACAGCACCCAUUUGUGUCAGUGGUCCACUCCAACAAGCCCGUACGAGAGCUGAUUGCGGAAGCCAAGGCUGAGGUUUUGGAGGAACUGGAAGAAGCUAAAGAGGAGGAGGAGGAUGAUGACGCUGAGAACUCUUUGCCUGUUCGUGACAGUAAACGGGCUUCUUCAGACCUUAGCAUAGCAAGCUUGGAAGAUGAUAAACUUUCCCAGAAUGCUUCAACUCUUGAACCUGUUUUUGAAAAACCUACAGCUGUUGAGGCUGAUGAUAAACUCCUAAAUCAGGAUAACAUAUCAGAUGCUGCUAAAGUGAAAGUGGAGGAAACGCCUGAUGUUCAGAAGCCCGCCACUCCAGAGGUCACCAGGAAAGAAAAUGAAAUACCAGCUGCUGAGAAGACUGAGAUACCCUUGAUUCAGGACAAGGAAAAGGAAGAUGAAGUUGGAGUGGCAGUUUCUGUUUCAGGUGCAGACAGCCUACCAGAAAAGGCAGAAGAGCCCUCACCUCCAUUAGUGGUUGAAGAAAAGAAUCCAGACAUUAACGAAGAUCAUCCUACAACUGCAGAAGCUGAGGUCCGUCAACCUGUUCCCGUAUCUGAAGAGGGAGAAAUUACAAAUGAGAAAGAAGCAGAGGGUGCAAAACUGGACUUAAUUUGUGUGCCAACUAAUGAAAAUAUUCCUGAGACAACAGAUCAGGUUCCUAAGGUGGAACUUAUAGAAGAGCAGAAACCUGAACCUCAUGUUGAGGAAAAUGGUACAAGUGAAGAAUCAGUUGAUGAUAAGUCUGAUCAGACAGCAAACACUAAUGAUGAAAUUAAAGAGUUAACUGCUGUAUCAAAGGCUGAUGAUAUUCAAGAGUUAGUUGAAGUAGGUUCCCAAACAAAACCGGAGACAGCCGAGGUCUCACCUGAGCAUGACGGAAACCAGGAAAUAACGGAAGGUCCAUCUAAUAUAAGCAUUGCUUCAAAGGAUGAAGAUGACCUAAAAAUAGAAGAUGCAAAUGAAGUAAAUCAUGUAAAUGGUGAUGGAGAACUUGCACCAUCUUUACCUGUUAAAACAGAUGAUGACCAAAGAGAGGACCCAAGCGGAAUUCCUGAUGACGGUACAAAGGAUCUAUCCAGUGAAAAUGUAUCUUUGGCUCCACAGUCCGAUAAAGAGUCCAUCCAAAGUCUUCCCCAGGAUGAUGUUGUGAAUUCCGAUGAUAGUGCUGCUCUUCUGAUGGAUGAUUCCCAAGUUGAUGUACCUAGUAUUAGUGUCAUUGCUGCUGAAGAAGAAAGGAAAGAAAAACCAGUAGAGUCUCAGUCAGGAGAAACAGAAAUUCAAAAGGAAAUGGAUUCUGACUCUGGAAUGGGAAAACCAGUAGAGUCUCAGUCAGGAGAAACAGAAAUUCAAAAGGAAAUGGAUUCUGACUCUGGAAUGGGAUCAACUGCUGACAGCGGCAGCAUGGACUUGAAUUUGUCCAUAUCGAGUUUCUUAACUAAGAAAGAAUCAGGGUCAUUAUCUUUACAGGAGACAAAAAGACAGAAGAAAACUCUAAAGAAGACUAGAAAGUUCAUGGUUGAUGGAGUAGAAGUGAGUGUCACAACCUCCAAGAUUGUGACUGAUAAUGAUUCCAAGAACGAGGAGAUGCGAUUCCUCAGACGACAAGAGCUACGGGAGCUUCGGCUGUUACAGAAAGAAGAACAGAGAGCACAACAAAUCCUUAGUAACAAAUUGUUGCAACAGAGAGAACAGAUCUUCCGACGUUUUGAACAGGAAAUGACGGGCAAGAAGCGUCAGUAUGAUCAGGACAUAGAGAACCUGGAGAAACAGCAGAAACAGACCAUAGAACGGCUUGAGCAAGAACACACCACUCGUCUAAGAGAUGAAGCAAAACGAAUUAAGGGAGAACAGGAAAGGGAGUUCUCCAAAUUCCAGAGUGUACUGAAAAAUAAAAAGAAAGAGGUAAUUACUGAAGUGGAGAAAGCACCCAAAGAGCUGCGAAAAGACCUUUUGAAACGCAAGAAAGAGGAACUUGCACAAUCGCAGCACGCUCAGGAACAAGAGUUUGUUAUGAAGCAGCAGCAAGAGUUGGAUGGAUCCCUGAAGAAGAUUAUUCACCAGCAGAAGAUGGAGCUGGCCAACAUAGAACGAGAGUGCUUAAAUCAUAAACAGCAGCUCCUGAGAGCACGGGAAGCCGCAAUUUGGGAGCUUGAAGAACGUCACCUGCAAGAAAAGCACCAGCUGCUGAAACAGCAGCUAAAGGAUCAGUAUUUCAUGCAGAGACACCAGCUACUGAAAAGACAUGAGAAGGAAAUGGAGCAAAUGCAAAGGUAUAACCAGCGACUAAUAGAAGAACUGAAAAAUAAGCAAACUCAGGAGAGGGGACGGCUGCCAAAAAAUCAGCGAAGUGAUGCCAAGACUCGUAUGGCUAUGUUUAAGAAGAGUCUGAGGAUUAAUUCAUCUGGCUCUCCAGAGCAGGACAGGGAGAAGAUUAAACAGUUUGCCGUCCAAGAAGACAAGCGACAAAAGAACGAGAGAUUGGCUCAGCACCAGAAACAUGAAAACCAAAUGCGAGAUUUACAGCUUCAGUGUGAUGCCAACAUCCGAGAGCUGCAGCAGCUACAGAAUGAAAAAUGCCACCUAUUAAUAGAACAUGAAACACAAAAGCUGAAAGAAUUAGAUGAAGAGCAUGUCCAAGAGCUGAAAGACUGGAGGGAAAAACUACGACCACGGAAAAAGGCACUUGAAGAAGAGUUUGCAAGAAAACUUCAGGAGCAAGAAAUGUUUUUUAAAAUGUCUGGAGAUUCCGAAUGCCUUAACCCUUCAUCACAGAGCCGGAUUUCUAAGUUUUAUCCUAUCCCAAGCAUGCAUUCUACUGGCUCCUAACUAUGCUCUUUUUAGAGAUUGUUUUAUAUACUUCUAUCUCAGCCAUGUCCCUUUUGGAACUUUUUCAAACUAGCAUGGAUAGUUUUUUUUUUUUUUUUCCCGUAAGAAUCUGUUUUAAGGCUGAUGUUUUUUUUUUGUUUGUUUUAUAAAGUAUAUAUAUACAUAUAUAUAAAUGACAUAACCUAAAUUAAAAAAUCUACUCUAUUGUUUUGUACAGCUAGGACACAAAAUCCUGUGAAGGCCGCUAUGCUGUUUGCUUGUGUUGAAACGAUUUUGCCAUGUUUUGUAUUAUAUUUAAUAUGCAAGAAGAAAAAACGUUUUAGUGUAUUUUUACAGAGGGCGAGUCCUUGAAUCUGGUUAUUCAGCUUUGAACGGAUUAGGGCUAAUGCUUAGCAUUAGGAGUUUUUUCAAAUGAUAUUAACUUUCAGUUCAUUCAGUGGCUCCUGAUAUCCGUGUUUUCAAAAAGGAUAGUGUGAUGCUCACAACAACCAGUAAGAUUAUUCCUUUCAUUUAGUAAGCAGCACCAGAAAAAUAAAGGUAGAUUUAACUGCUUGCUAUGGACGCAUUUAAUACAAGUCUUUAUAUUUCCACUUGUA